AUGGCCAGCUGCCAUUUCUUUCUUCUGUUCUCUGUGAUACUGGUAUCGCCUUCUGUUUACGGCGAAGAUUUCUCAAGGAUUGCAGCCGUCAGCAAAGUUCAUAAACGCUUGAAGAGGGAGUGGAUCUGGAAUAAGAUGCACAUUUCAGAAGAGAAGAACGAAACACUGCCACAUCAUGUUGGGAGGAUCAUAUCAAGCAUUCAGAACUCCAAUGCUAUGUACGUGCUUGAGGGGGAUGGUGCCAACAGUAUAUUCAAAGUGGAUGAACAUACUGGAGACGUGUCUGCUUAUGAGAGGCUGGACCGAGAACAGAAAGCCGAGUAUCAGCUGACGGCCCACAUUCUCGACCGCACGACCAACAAGUCAUUGGAACCACCGUCCAAAUUUCGUAUUAUCGUCCAGGACGUGAAUGACAAUGCCCCAAUAUUUGUGCAACGAGUGUUUAAUGGAUCCUUCUUAGAAAUGUCACCCGUAGGAACUUCAGUCACCACAGUGACGGCUGUAGAUGCUGACGACCCAACUCUUCUUGGCUAUGCUGACGUGGACUACAAAGUGAUUAAGGGAGAAAACUAUUUCAGAAUAGAUAAGUCAGGAGUCAUCCGUACAGCAGUAGCUAAUCUGGACCGAGAACAGAAAGCUACCUAUGAAAUCAUGGUGCGAGCCAUUGAUGGCAAAGGUCUACAGGCUGCAGAGUCGGGCACAGCUACAGUUCGCAUCACAUUGAUUGACAUCAAUGACAACUCCCCAAUUUUUAAUCCAACAACGUACCAUUUUCAAGUACUUGAAAAUAUCACCUUAAAUGGUGAAGUGGGUAAACUGAAAGUUGAAGACAUCGAUGAGCCACAGAACAGGAACACGAAGUACAGUUUUGUUGGCGGAAGCUACCACGACACUUUCCUGAUCAUUCCAAAGCCAUAUACAAAUGAAGGAAUAAUUAAACCUAAGAAGCCCUUGGACUUUGAAAAAAUACCCAAGUACGAGUUUCGUGUGGAAGCAACCGACGGUGAUAUCCCCUACUUGAAUUCCAAGACAAAGGGGUCCAAGAGUAUAGCAGCAGUGACCAUCAUAGUUAUUGAUGUUGACGAGCCCCCCGUCUUUGAAAAAUCUUCAUACAUGUUUGAAGUGCUGGAAGACAGAGAUAUCAAGGUGCCUAUCGGUCAUGUUUCUGCAACCGAUCCUGAUGGAGCAAAACGAGAAAUAAGGUAUCGUGUCCUAAGAUCCAAAUAUUUCAAAAUAUCCAACACUGGGUAUAUUUUUGCCGAGAAGCCUCUGGACCGAGAAGAACACUCCUGGCAUAAUAUAACAGUGGCAGCCAAUGAAAUGGAGAAUGGGAGAAUAUUAACCCAGUUAGAAACACAUGUUCAAGUUUACAUCAAAGUUCUCGACAGAAAUGACAAUGCGCCAGAAUUCGCAGAACCAUAUCAACCGGGAGUCUGUGAGAACGCUGCACCAGGAAAGGUGAUUAUCAGAAUUUCUGCCGUGGAUAAGGAUGAAAUGUUGCCUGGCACAAAAUUCACAUAUUCGUUAACCUCCGAAGAGAGCAACUUCACUCUGAUUGACAAUCAAGAUAACACAGCGAACAUCACUGUCAAGUACGGAGAGUUUAAUCUGGAACUGGUCAAAACCCAUUACUUGCCUAUCGUCAUCUCCGACAACGGCACACCCAAGCAAAGCAGCACGAACACCCUGACCAUCCAGGUGUGUAAGUGCGACGAGGCGGGCGAGUUCACGUUUUGUGCAGAAGCCGAGAAACAAGUGGGCGUCAGCAUCCAUGCUCUGGUGGCCAUCUUUGUCUGCAUCAUCACGAUAUUUGUCAUUAUGCUGCUAAUAGCCCUGAGAAGGAGGCACAAGAAAGAUCUGAACGUCCUCCGAAAGAACGUGGCAGAGAUCCAUGAACAACUGGUGGCCUAUGACGAAGAAGGCGGUGGGGAAAUGGACACCACCAGUUAUGAUGUUUCGAUCCUCAAUUCGGUCCGCCGGAGUGGUAUGACAUCGCCACGGAUGACUCAGGAGUCCAGACCCUGUGUCUACUCUCAGGUCCAAAAGCCACCCAGACAUGGACUUUCUGGCACUGGAGAAAUGGCCAUUAUGAUUGAAAUGAAAAAAGAUGAAGCCGACAAUGACGGGGAUUUGCUUCCAUAUGACACUCUUCACAUCUUCGGCUACGAAGGGGCAGAGUCCAUUGCAGAAUCUCUAAGCUCUUUGGGAUCAGGCUCCUCUGACUCGGAUAUUGACUACGACUUCCUGAACGACUGGGGUCCAAGAUUUAAGAUGCUGGCAGAGCUUUACGGGUUGGAAGCCAAUGAAGAUUUUACAUAUUGAGUCAGAUU